AUGGCCUCUCUUCGCCAAACCCCAUGGCGGACCUGCCAGUCCCUCAGCAGGAAGCAGCUGCGCACGAACCUGAACACCCGACACAUCUCUACCACCCCACUCCGCUCCAAUGCCUCCAAGAACCCGCUUCGCCGCGCAUCGCCGGCAGCAGACAUGCAGCAAGCAUCUAAUGCGCAGCGCAAGAUGAUCCUCUCUGCAGCUGGUAUUGUCACAUGUGCGGCCGGUCUGUACGGUACAAUCAAGCUAGACAUCUUCGGGCUCGAAGAACUCGAGAACAAGAAGAAAGCCGAGAAGCCCGCCAGCAAUGCCCUUCAAAUGGACGGACCACCAGGGUUCACCAACGGUGGCCCAUCGGUAAUUACAAUUCAAGGCCAGGACGGUCUCGAGCAGGUCCCAACAGGAACAAGCACCAUCCCGCACUUCCCCAGCACCAUCCGCCUCCCCUCCUCAUCCCAGUCACAAGGCAAGCAACCCGGCGAUGAGCUGCCCCCAUCCGACGGCGAGGAAUACCAGCUCCUCGGCCUCGGAAUCCGCACCGUCUCCUUCCUCUCUAUCCAAGUCUACGUCGUCGGCCUAUACAUCGCCAAAAGCGACAUCACCGAACUGCAGACCCGUCUGAUCCGCACCGCCAUCCACCCUCCCUCCAAUUCCGACGCUCCAAUUACCGGCGCAGGUGCUGAGUCCGCGACCUCGCUCGUCCCACCCGAGCGCAAGCAGCUUAAGGAGCUCCUCCUCGACGCGGAGCGCGGCGACGCCGUCUGGUCCGCAAUCCUGAAAGACGAUGGCAUCCGCACAGCGUUCCGCAUCGUCCCGACCCGCAACACAGACUUCAUGCACCUGCGCGACGGGUGGGUGCGCGGUAUCACAGCGAAAGCCAAGGCGAAGGCGGGCGAGUUUGCAGACGAGACAUUCGGAACUGCAAUGAAUGAUUUCAAGGCCGUUUUUGGAUCUGCGAAGGGAAAGACCGUGCCAAAGGGCGAGACGCUGGUUCUUAUGCGUGACCAGCGUGGUGCGCUGGAUACACUGUUCCAGCCCGCUGCUGAUAAGCCGGUUAUCUGGAUGGGGCGCGUUGCGGAUGAGAGGGUCAGUCGGCUUGUUUGGUUAAAUUACCUGGCUGGAAAGACGGUUUCCAGCGAGGGCGCCAGAAAAAGUGUUGUCGACGGGCUGAUGUCCAUUGUCGAGCGGCCGCUUGGUACGGUCGUGCAGAAGGUUAUCUAG